AUGAGUACCAAGAGUCGUGAGAAUUGGGAGCCUGGAAAUAGAGCAGAAUCCAGGAAUUCAAAACAGAUCGAGGAGCAUGAACAGUCAAGCAACGCAAAAGGGGAGUCAACAUUACAUUCCGGGGGGUCAGCUCAUAAUACGGGGGGUAAGACACAACAAGUCUUGCCAGCUGACACUAAGGGGACAAAUGGGGAUGACCGAAGAAGUCGUACAUUAUCACAAAAGGCUAUACAGAACGCUAUACAGUCAACGUUAACAGAUCUCACUAGAGAGGGGAAGUCUCUAAAAGCAGCAUCAGAAUCUAUGAACAGGGUCUUGUCACUAGGGCCCCUAUCCAAGGAUUUUGACAUUUACUUAUCAAGUACAAGAACAUCUUACAUGAAGUACAAGGACUUGUUGGAGGAGCUAAACAGCUUAUUAGAAAAAGAUAAAUGGGGAGAACUAUCUGACCAAGCAUAUGAACAUGUAAGUUAUGGUAAAGACAUUUUGGAUUUUGCAUGGAAAGCAAUCAACAAUGCAACAGAUAGAUUUAAGCCUCCAGAGACUGCUCCUUCUCUAAGUUCAAGGAGUACCCGGCGUAGUGUACUGUCCCGGGCAAGCUCAUCAUCAUCGGCCAGUGCAAGGAGAAGAGCUAUGGCAGAAGCAGCGGCCGCAAAGAAAAUGGCAGAGUUCGAUCGGAUUAUGGCAGAAAGAGAAAACGAGAGAAAAUUAUUCGAAGCCGAAGAAGAACUUUGCCUGAAACAAAGGCGCGCCCAACAUGAUAUAGAGAUGGCUAUCCUAGCCGCAGAGAAGGCUGAAGCUAUUGCAAACGCUAAGCUUCAUGCUAUAGAACAGUCAAUUAUGAAAGAAGAACUACCUUACCUGUUAACCAAGCAAAGAGACCUCGAAGUAGAAGACACAGAAUCCCGAACUAAAGUAUGGGUCGACACCCACAGCGACUCCAAACACAAACCCAAUCUGACAGACCCAAACGUCGACACCCUCCACCAUAAACCUGAAACAACCGAGAAUACAACCGAAUUACCACCAGUAACAAACCAAAUUGCUGAGGGAAUACAAGUGGCGAAUGUUAAUGAACAUAUUAAUGACAAUAGAUCAAAGAGUAUAUUCACCCCUAAAGGAUUUGCAGGAAACCCACCCAUUUUCACACCUUCAUCUCCUAUUCCCAGCCCAGCAGCUUACCAAGAAUGUAUUGAAGGGAUAGCAAAAACAAAUGAACGUGUUGUUGCAAGCUUAGCGAGACAGAAUCUCCCAAAAUGUCAUCCAGAAGUAUUUCAAGGGGAUGCAACUCUAUUCCAUCCAUGGAAAAAAUCAUUCAAUGCUAUGAUUCAUGAUGCAAACUUAAAUCCUAACCAAGAAAUGGCUUAUCUCAGAAACUACACCAAAGGCAAAGUUCGAGAACUAGUGGACAACUACAGGAAAAGACAACAAAGUGAUCCCGUAAUCACUCUUCGUGACCUCUGGACUGAAAUGGGAAGGCGAUUUGGGAACACUGCUAUUAUAACAAACUCACUAUUACAACGAUUGCAACAAUCGGCAAAGUUUAACGGGCGAGAUAAAGCAAAGUUGCAAGAUUUCGCAGACGUGUGCAUGGAUGUAGAUAACCAAAUCAACAACUUACCAGGACUUGCCUGCUUGAAUUACGCGAGCGCAAUACGACCAAUUGUUGAUAACCUUCCAAACUUUCUUCGAUUCAAGUGGGAGAAGAAAGUGGUCAGUUAUGCAGAAGAAAAUAACGAUGAUUAUCCCGGAUUUCAUAUAUUUGCAGUUAUGAUGCAAAAGCAAGCUAAGUUAAAGAAUCAUCUCAAUGUCUCGGCAGGUGAAGCGGUUCCAGAACAUGCAAAGAAAAACGACAAGCAGGGAAAUGGUGACCGUCAUACGAAGGUCUAUCGAACCGAAACGAAAGAUGAUGAUCAGAGCGAUGAAAGAAAACACGAGAAACAUUGUUAUUAUCACGUCAGAAAGGGACAUGAAUUAUUGGAUUGCAAAGCAUUCAUAGCAAAGAAAUUUGAAGAGAAAAUGGAAUGGCUGAAGUCAGUUGGUCUUUGUUUCCGUUGUCUUUGUUUCCGUUGUCUUUCUGGAAAGCAUCGCGCUAAAGAUUGUAAGAAGGAGGUGAAAUGUACCGAGUGUAGCAGUACUCGCCAUCUCGUUAUACUACACAAAGAAAAGCAGCUCAAAGAGAAAGAGGAUAAAGAAGUGAAUGAAGAAGUCAAGUCGAAGUGCACCUCCGUAUGUCGAGGAAAUACUGGAGGACUGUCCUGUAGCAAAAUAGUGUUGGUUGAUGUCUUUACCGAGGACAACCCAAACGCAGUUCACAGAGCGUAUGCAAUUGUCGAUGAACAAAGCAACGCAUCCAUGAUUACGCCCAACCUUGCUGAUCUACUGGAAGUAGAUACACCUAAAGAAAAAUACCUGCUUUCCACCUGUAGCAGUGCCAAAGAGACGAAAUAUGGUCGUAGAGUGUCUGGAAUAAUGGUCAAGUCAUUAAAUGGAACGGUUGUGAGACUUCCUAAGCUAAUAGAGUGCGAUCAUAUUCCACAAGAAAAGAAUGAGAUCCCAACCCCGUCUAUGACGAAGAAUUUCCCUCAUCUCCAUGAUAUUACCAACGAGAUCCCACCGCUGGAUGAUGAUGCAAAGAUCGAAAUCCUCCUUGGCAGAGACGCUCCGGAGCUACUUAAAGUUCGUGAAUCUAGAAAUGGUCCAAAAGGAGCUUUGGGCUCAGAAACUUCUACUGGGUUGGACAGUUUCUGGCCAGAUGUGUCUCGAUCGCGUAGGUGGACCCGUACACGUGUCUGCAUGCCAUACAACAUUAGAAGUAGUAAAACCCGGCAAUGCAAGUCCAACAGAUAUGAACGAUGUUGCUCCAGCCGAAGCAGUUCCAUGUACAAACUAUUUCAAGGUGAAAGAAGACCACGAAGUAUGUCCCACGGAAAAAGAGAGAUGAAAUUUACUGCAUUACUUCAGAGGACAAUGAAGCCGCUUUAUCUCGUGAAGAUCGCCAGUUCCUGGAUAUCGCGAAAAAGGGAAUCCAUAAAAACGAUUCAGGUAAUUGGGAAAUGCCACUCCCUUUUCGUUCCGAGAAAGUGAUGAUGCCAAAUAACAGGAAGCAAGCACUUAAUCGCUUGAAUGGGUUAUUGAGAACAUUUAAAAGAAAACCCCAGAUGCAAGAGGAUUACUUGAAGUUCAUGUCCAAGGUAAUCGAUCGUGGUCAUGCGGAAGUCGUACCUAACGAAGAAUUAACAGAAGCACAAGACGUCCCACCAACAGAAGCACAUCACAGUCAGACCAAUAAUGUGUGGUACCUUCCCCACUUCGGAGUUUAUCACCCGAGAAAGUUAGAUCAGAUCCGUGUGGUAUUCGAUUCCUCGUGUGAAUUCGAAGGUGUCUCCCUCAACAAGGAAUUGUUAGCAGGACCAGAUCUAAUGAACAACCUAAUCGGUGUUUUGAUGCGGUUCCGUCAAGAAAAUCACGGAGUCAUGUGUGACAUAGAGCAGAUGUUCUACUCGUUCCAUGUCAACUCGGAACACAGAAACUAUCUUCGGUUUCUCUGGUUCAAGAACAACGACCCAAGACAAGAGAUAGUAGACUAUCGAAUGACUGUCUAUCUCUUUGGUAAUGGUCCCAGCCCGGCAAUAGCAACUUUCGGAAUGAGAAAAACAGCCGAAGACGGCGAGGAGGAUUAUGGGUCAAAGGUGAAAGAGUUUAUAUGCAAAGAUUUCUACGUGGAUGAUGGAUUGACGUCCUCGUCGACGGAAGAAGAAGUAGCCGACCUGGUACAGAAAGCACAAGCGUGUCUAAAAACAGCCAAUCUACAUCUUCAUAAAGUGGCGUCGAACUCAGCGUUGGUGAUGGGAGCCUUUCCUCCGGAAGACCGUGCGAAAGAGAUGAAAGACCUUGAUCUCCGUCAAGACGUUCUACCAAUACAACGUGCCCUAGGAGUCCAAUGGAAUUUAGAGAACGAUCAGUUGACAUUUAACGUAUCAAUUCCCGAGAAACCACUAACACGUAGAGGAGUUUUGUCCAUAGUGAACUCACUGUACGAUCCCCUAGGAUUAGCGGCUCCAGUCAUACUCGUCGGCAAACUACUACUGCAGAAGCUGCUCAUUCUCGGAAAAGAAAAAGCGAACGACCAACCUCUUAAAUGGGACGAUCCUCUCCCUUCAGAUUUGAACCAUCAGUGAAAUCGCUGGAAGAACCAACUCACAGGCUUGGAGAACGUAUCUGCCAACCGAUGCUAUCACCCUAAAAACUUUGGUGCCGUAGUACGAAACGAAAUCCAUGCGUUUUCUGAUGCGAGUAAAGAAGCUGUUGGAGUAGCAGCGUAUCUGAAGCAACUCAGCCAGAAGGGCGAAGUGAGUGUUAGUUUGGUAUUUGGUCAAGCAAAAGUUGCACCAAUCCGACCGACAAGCAUUCCUCGGCUCGAGCUGUGUGCAGCUGUGUUAUCUACGAAGGCUGUGAAGAAGAUACAGACGGAACUUGAUUUAAAGAUAGACGAUGUUAAGUUCUAUACAGACUCCAAAGUCGUCCUAGGAUACAUCAGCAACGAUGCACGUAGAUUCCACGUUUAUGUCGCCAACCGAGUCCAGGUAAUCAGAGAUACAUCCGAGCCUCACCAAUGGAACUACGUUGACACUUCUACAAACCCAGCAGACUUAGCAACUCGUGGCACAACGGCUAAGGGGCUGAUAGAAUCCGACUGGCUCGAGGGUCCAACAUUUCUGAAGAUGAACCAAUCGAAUGAACCAUCUAUUGACGAGGCGGCGUCGCCAAUAAUAGACGACAUCACUAUUAACGAAAACGAUCCCGAGGUUAAAGUCAACGCGUAUGUGACCAGCUCAACACGAGAAACGGGUCUGAAGUCAAAACGGUUCGAACGCUUCUCGGAUUGGCUAAAACUUCAGCGCGCGGUAUCCUGUCUCAUCGCCAAGAUAAGAAACCAGAAAACAAACAAAGACGUACGAAGCCUUGAUGAUGGCCAAAACGUUGAGAACGAACACCGACACCCGACAUCGAUAGAUUCUAACGAAAGUGCAAAAAUAGCAAUCAUAAAAGCGGUGCAAAAUGAAGUAUUCGCAGAUGACAUCAGUGUGCUAAAAAGAGAAAACAAGGAGACGGAAUGUCGUGAUCAACUGAAAGAACAACGAAGGGCACUCCGUAAGUCUAAUCUCGCAGGAUUAGAUCCGUUCCUAGAUCAGGAUGGGGUUCUCCGAGUCGGUGGACGUCUUAAUCGAUCGAGUCUAACCUUCGAAGAGAAACAUCCAAUCCUGCUGCCGAAGAAGCAUCAUGUGUCGCAGCUCAUAAUCCGUCACUACCACGAAAAAGUUAUCCACCAUCAAGGGCGACAAAUCACACAUGGAGCAGUCCGUCAAGCUGGUUUCUGGGUCAUCAAUGGUCACAAAGAAGUAUCAAGAAUGGUCAACGUAUGUGUCACUUGCAAAAAGCUUAGAGGACGGACACUCACGCAACACAUGGCCGACCUUCCUGUCGAUCGAAUGGAGACCCAUCCACCUUUUACCAACGUUGGUUUGGAUGUUUUUGGUCCGUGGCAGAUUCAAGUCAGGAAACUCAGAGGAAGAGAUACAAAUGCCAAACGAUGGGGCUUAGUGUCUACCUGUCUCAGUAGCAGAGGAAUCCACAUCGAGAUACUCCACUCAAUGGACGCGAAUUCCUUUAUUUGUGCGUUACGACGCUUCUUUGCUAUUCGUGGGCCGGCCGCCAUUUUAAGAUGCGAUUGCGGUACAAAUUUUGUGGGGGCAAAGUCCGAACUCGACAGCGCACUCAACGAAAUGGAUGCAGAGAAAGUGAAGAAAUACGUUGCAGAGCAAGGGUGCGAAUGGAAAUUCAAUCCCCCACACGCCUCACAUUUCGGCGGUGUAUGGGAACGACAAAUAGGAACAAUUCGUAGAGUGUUAGACGCAAUGCUCUUAAAGAUCGGAGCUGCUCAAUUCGACGACGAGUUGCUUCUUACGUUGAUGGCCGAAGUUACAGCUACUGUAAACAGUCGUCCAAUCGCCACAGUGUCAGCCGACAUUGAUGAACCGGUUCCCUUAUCACCAUCAAUGCUUCUUACCAUGAAGCAGAAGCCACUUCUUGCAACACCAGGCGUGUUUGUUAGGGAAGAUUUGUAUGCUAGAAAGCGCUGGAGAAGAGUCCAAUAUCUUGCCGACCAAUUUUGGUUGCGUUGGAAGAGGGAGUAUUUACAAAACCUUCAGUCAAGACCCAAGUGGCAGGAGAGAGAGAAGAAUCUGGUCGAUGAAGACGUGGUGCUAGUGAAAGACAGGGAUCUACAUCGCAAUGAUUGGUCGAUGGGCAGAGUUACGGAGAGCAUCAAAAGUGAAGAUGGCGAAGUGAGGAAGGCGAAAGUUGUGAUCUUCAAAGAAGGAAGCAAGAAGACUGUAUUCCGUCCGAUUAGCGAACUGAUUCUACUUAUAUCGGCUCCGAGCGAACAGUGA